ACAUAAUUUCAGAAAAAGGAAUUGUGGAAGGCACCUUACUCAGAAAAGGCACGGGCCUAGACAUUUUACAUCUUAAUGCAUGUUUACAUACGCGGCGAAAAAUCAAGGUAGCUCUAUAUUGCACCGCAUUGCAACCAUAACUUUUUCUGCCAAAUAAAAAAACAAGGAAGGGAAGAGCUCACUCUGCCCCCUCAAGAAGAGCUGUGUAAUAGAAUUGCAUUGCUGAAAUGAUGAAGAUUUGUGAUGAAUGGAAACCUUUUAUAGUAAUGAUAGCAAUUGAUUUUUCUUUUGCCGCUGUGAAUGUUCUUCUCAAGAAAGUCCUUGAAGAAGGAAUGAACCAUUUGGUUUUCAUCACAUACCGUCUCUCAAUUGCUACCAUUUUCAUAGCCCCUAUUGGCUACUUUAGGGAAAGAAAUGGCAGACCAAGGCUCACAUUUCGAAUUCUAUGUUACCUCUUCUUCAGUGCCAUUGUUGGGGCAUCAGUGACUCAGUACUUUUUUCUUCUGGGGAUCCAAUACACUUCUGCUACAUUUUCUUGUGCUUUCAUAAACAUAGUGCCUGCGGUCACGUUCAUCAUGGCUUUGCCAUUUGGGUUAGAGACAGUGAACAUCAAAUGCAACAGUGGAAGAGCUAAGAUUGUUGGCACAUUGGUGUGCAUAGGAGGCACUUUGUUGUUGACACUUUACAGAGGAAAGGCCUUGUUUAAUUUUUCUCAUUAUCAGUCUGCAGUGAAGCUUGCUCCUACAAGGACAGCAAGAGGAUGGACUAUUGGUGUAAUAGCUUUGAUCUUGGGAACCCUCUUCUGGUCUUCCUGGUUCAUUUUACAAUCAAAUAUAAGCAAGAGAUAUCCAUGCCAGUAUUCUAGCACAGCCAUCAUGAGCUUCUUUGGAGCAAUUCAAUCAGCUGCCAUUUGCUUCUUCACUGACCAAAACUUGUCCAUUUGGGUUCUCAAAGGAAAGAUACAACUAAUUUCUAUUCUGUAUGCUGGAAUGAUUGGAUCAGGUUUGUGUUUUGUGGGCAUGUCAUGGUGUGUGAAGAAGAGGGGUCCUGUUUUUACUGCAGCAUUCAGUCCUCUUGUUCAGAUAAUGGCAGCCAUGAUUGAUAUCCCUUUCUUGCAUGAACAGCUCCAUCUUGGAAGUGUGAUUGGGUCCAUCCUGGUGAUGAUUGGAUUAUACAUUCUUCUGUGGGGUAAGAGCAAGGAGAUGCAGAAUCGUUUGGUUAACCUAGAUCAGGAAGCUGAAGAAACCAAGGAACAAGAGCCACAACUGCAAAUACAACACUUAACAGUGACUUGUGAUUCGCGGUGUCAAUGACGUGUGUGUUUGUUUUUCGGUUGAGAUGCAUUAUAAUGUUCUUUCACAUCACUAUUGUGAAUUUUAAUACACAUUCACCCAGUGAAAUAUACUCCGUAGAAUGGAUGUAUGUAGUUUCACAUUUACCUAACACAAAUCCAAAUAGGCUAGACAUAGUGUCAUAUUUAUGGCUGUUUACUUAAACAAUUACAUCGGCAAAUGCAUAAUAAAAGGUUAUGGUUUGAUCCUC